GAAUUUCUGCUGAAGUGACAAGGCAAGCCAAAGCAAAAGCAGAUUGGAUCCAGCUUGUCCCCACAGAGACGUGCUCUUCUCUCUCUCUGAGAGCGACCUGUUAACCGCAAAUACCUGGAAGGUCUGGAACAUGGAGAACGACCCCUCAAGACGAAGACAGUCCAUCUCUCUCACACCUGUGGCCAAGGGUCUGGAGAACACGGGGGCUGAUUUCUUGGAAAGCCUGGAGGAAGGCCAGCUCCCUGGGAACGACUUGAGCCCCACAGAGAUCAGGAGCAACUGGAGCGAGGCGGCGCCGAAGCCCUUCUCCAGAUGGAGGAACCUGCAGCCAGCCCUGAGAACCAGAAGUUUCUGCAGGGAGCACAUGCAGCUGUUUCGAUGGAUCAGCACAGGCCUGCUCUGCACUGCGUUCGCUGCCUUCCUGCUGGUGGCCUGCCUCCUGGAUUUCCAGAGGGCCCUGGCUCUGUUUGUCCUCACUUGUGUGGUCCUCACGUUCCUGGGCCACCGCCUGCUGAAAUGGCUUCUGGGACCAAAGCUAAGGAGGUUUCUCAAGCCUCAGGGCCAUCCUCGCCUGCUGCUCUGGUUUAAGAGGGGCCUAGCUCUUGCUGCUUUCCUGGGCCUGGUCCUGUGGCUGUCUCUGGACACCUCCCGGCGGCCUGAGCAACUGGUGUCCUUCGCAGGAAUUUGCGUGUUCAUUGCUCUCCUCUUUGCCUGCUCAAAGCAUCAUUGCGCAGUGUCCUGGCGGGCCGUGUCUUGGGGACUUGGACUGCAGUUUGUACUUGGACUCCUCAUCAUCAGAACAGAACCAGGAUUUACUGCGUUCCAGUGGCUGGGCGAGCAGAUCCGGAUCUUCCUGAGCUACACGGAGGCUGGCUCCAGCUUCGUGUUUGGGGAGGCGCUGGUCGAGAAUGUCUUUGCCUUUCAGGUUCUGCCCAUCGUUGUCUUCUUCAGCUGUGUCAUAUCGGUUCUCUACCACGUGGGCCUCAUGCAGUGGGUGAUCCUGAAGAUUGCCUGGCUGAUGCAAGUCACCAUGGAUACCACAGCCACUGAGACCCUGAGCGUGGCUGGAAACAUCUUUGUGAGCCAGACCGAGGCUCCAUUACUGAUCCGGCCCUACUUGGCAGACAUGACACUCUCUGAAGUCCAUGUUGUCAUGACCGGAGGUUACGCCACCAUUGCUGGCAGCCUGCUGGGUGCCUACAUCUCCUUUGGGAUCGAUGCCACCUCGUUGAUUGCCGCCUCCGUGAUGGCUGCCCCUUGUGCUUUGGCCCUCUCCAAGCUGGUCUACCCGGAGGUGGAGGAGUCCAAGUUUAGGAGGGAGGAAGGAAUGAAACUGACCUAUGGAGAUGCUCAGAACCUCAUAGAAGCAGCCAGCACUGGGGCCGCCAUCUCCGUGAAGGUGGUCGCCAACAUCGCUGCCAACCUGAUUGCGUUCCUGGCUGUGCUGGACUUCAUCAAUGCUGCCCUCUCCUGGCUGGGAGACAUGGUGGACGUCCAAGGGCUCAGCUUCCAGCUCAUCUGCUCCUACAUCCUGCGGCCUGUAGCCUUCUUGAUGGGUGUGGCGUGGGAGGACUGCCCAGUGGUAGCUGAGCUGCUUGGAAUCAAGCUGUUUCUGAAUGAGUUUGUGGCCUAUCAAGAACUCUCCAAGUACAAGCAACGCCGCCUGGCAGGGGUCGAGGAGUGGGUCGGCGACAGGAAGCAGUGGAUAUCCGUCAGAGCUGAAGUCCUCACGACGUUUGCCCUCUGUGGAUUUGCCAAUUUCAGCUCCAUUGGGAUCAUGCUGGGAGGCUUGACCUCCAUGGUCCCCCAACGGAAGAGUGACUUCUCCCAGAUAGUGUUCCGGGCACUCUUCACAGGAGCCUGUGUGUCCCUGGUGAAUGCCUGUAUGGCAGGGAUCCUCUAUGUGCCCAGGGGGGCUGAAGUCGACUGCAUGUCCCUCCUGAACAUGACCCUCAGCAGCAGUAGCUUUGAAAUAUACCAGUGCUGUCGUGAGGCCUUCCAGAGGAUAUUCAAAAAUACACCUGCCGAGUCCCAGCCCUGAGGAAUGUUUUCGUGCUUCAUUAUUAAGUAUCUUGAAGGCUCUCAGCUGGAAAGAAAUGCCCUUCAUUUACUAAAGAAGCAUCCUUGUAUUUUUAAGAGUCUUUGAAAA